AUGACAACGGAGGAGUUGACCUGCAAGUCGCGACGGACCGUGCGGUUCCCUCGACUCGACACGGCAUUGGCCAGAUGGGUCACGUAUUGUGAGGAGACGGGCGUCCCGGUCACGGGGGAGUCGAUUCGACUCAAAGCUGUCCGCUUUGCUCAAAUUCUGCACAUUGACACGCCAUUGACUUUUUCGAAUGGAUGGCUGUACAAGUUCAACGAACGCCAUGGAUUCGGAAGCUUAAGGUCGCAUAAAGACAGCAAAACGUCGUCCAAAGAGGCUGUCGCGGACCUGCAACGUCGACUGCAUGCUUUUGACCCUCGAAAUGUCUUUAGUAUGGACGAGACGGGGCUGCUCUUUGCCAUGUUCCCCGAUCGAUCGGGCCAACAGACGUCGAAUCGAUUGACCAUUGCAUUGUGCUGCAACGCAGACGGCUCUGAGAAAUUACCAUUGCUGUUUGUUGGAAAGACCGAGAAACCACGAGGUUUGACGUCCUUGGCUGCAGCGGAGGAUAACUACCGAUGCAGUCCACACGCGCUCAUGACGCGAGGGAUUUUCCUCGAGUGGAUUACAAACGUGGACGCCAAGUUUCGUAAAGAGCAGCGAAAGUGUGUCCUGCUCAUUGACAACUCGACUGUGCAUGUUGGAAUCAAUACCGAGGAGUUAAAGAACGUCGAGGUGGUGUUUCUGCCGCUUGGAUCGUCUAACAACUUGCAUCCUAUGGCUGCCGGGGUCGUAACUGCUUUUAAAAGACGCUAUCGACAACGGCAAAUCCAACAUACUCUGGACCACAUGGAUGCUGACGUUGGCACGCGCACACUUGCAGAACUUGACAGUGUUAGCGAGAGACAGGCACUGUCGUGGUGCAUGGAGUGUUGGGAUGCAGUGCCGUCCCCCUUGAUCGUUCGAUGCUGGCAGGAUGCUGUUUUGCUGUGUUCGAAUACUUCGGAAAAUCCAAACGAAUGCCGUGGGAGGGAAGAGGCGAUUUCGGAAGAGCUGGCGGUGAUGCUGUCCUGGUUACAUGCGGCAGACUUACUAACGGUGGACGAGCUACUUAGUCUGCCUGAAGAGAGUGUGAUUAUGGACGACCCCACUGACGAAGACUUCUGCGCCGCAACGGAGUCUACGAAUGUCGUUGUAAAGCCAGCAACAGGCAAAGCUGCGGAUACGGAGAACGGUUUAAGCGUCGAAGAGCUCAAAGAGCACCUCAAGUGGAUUGCCAAACUCUUACUUUACGCCAACGAAAAGGACAUGUCAGCGGAAUCCGUGAGUGGCAUGCGCGUUCUACAACGCGACUUUAGGAACCAGCUUGACAAGAAACAGCAAAGUUCCAGCUAG